AAGUUGAGUCAGUAAUGGACUCAUGGUUGAGAGCACUAAUCCCCCCAGAAGAAUUUAAGGACCUUGUUUGAAGUUCACGUCAGGAGAGCGGUAAGCAACGUAUUUUAUCAACAGCUAACUCGUUAUUACAGCAAGAGAUCUAGAGGAACUUUGUCAAAAUGUUGAAGGUAAUGAUGAUGAUGAUGAUGUUAUGGCAGUUGGUGAGUCUUGUUCUCGCUGAUCACUCGUUUUCACCAAUGGAUGAUGAAAAAACUCCCGCAGAAAAUCAAUGUCCUACUUGUCAAGGAGAUAACGAAGUUGAUUGUAACAGCAAAAUCACGAUGGUAGCUUGCCCCAAAGAGGCGCCAAUAUGUGCAGUGUACAAAAGUAUCUAUGAUGAAUUCAGUCGUCACUGCGUCAGCCAGGAGGAAUAUAACCACAUCGUGAGCGAGUGCGAGAAAUACCGCGAUUGUUCAAUGUUGAAGUACGUGUUUCAGUGCCCAACAUGUAUCGGCGAGGGAAAAGAUGAAGCCACAGCCAAAGCUAAUUGUGACAUCAAUAUAAAAAAGAAAACCUGUAGCAGGAAGACGCCAGUGUGUGCGGUAUAUUACAUUCCUGAGUUGAGAAAAUUCGCUCGUCAUUGCAUGAACCAAAUUCUUUAUGACAAAACCGUGGAAAAAUGCCAAAGCAAGGGGUGCAAAGCCGAAAAAUGCACUCAGCCGGGAUGCAUGGGAGGAGAGAUGCCAGUAUUUGAAGGAAUUCAAUGCCCUUCUUGUGAAGGCAAGGACGAAAAUGACUGCGAUAGCCAAAUUAAGAUGGAGGUUUGUCCAAAAGAGACGCCGACAUGUGCAGUGUACACAAGCGAUAAGGGUCAUUUCAAUCGUGGUUGCGUCAACCAAGCGGAAUAUGAAACUUUAUUGAACAAGUGCGAGGAACACGGCGAUUGUACCAUAAGAAAGUACGAGUUUCAGUGCCCUUCCUGUAGCGGCAUGGAAGGAAAUGGCAAAACUGCUGAAGCCGAUUGUAAUGAAAAAAUCAAGAUGGAAACCUGCACCCAAAAGCACCCUAUUUGUGAGGCAGUUUCGGAUAACUUGGGUACAUUCACUCGUAAUUGCACCAACGAAAUGGAUCACAGUAUCACGAGGAACAACUGUAACUUUUUCCAAGACUGCAAAGCGUCAAAGUGCACUGAGCCCCGUUGUAUGGCUUAGCCGAGUUAUUUUCUUGUGUGUCAGACUUGCGUGUUAUCCUCCCUUGAGCAUAGUGGAGACGAGGAGACUUCAUGGAAAAAAAACGCGGAACUCAAUGUGUGCCAUUUUGGUUCAAUUUGAUUAUUUUUCUUUUUUGUGAUUAGCUUUAUUAAUUAAUGUGUUUCUAAUAAAGAAAGUAGAGUCAGUACCAGUUUCGACAAAUGUGAUGUUUAACUGCCAACCGUUUACUUAUCAUUGUGACUACACUCACACGAGACAUUUGAUGUGAACAUUUUAUUAAGGAUGAGUCUGUCAGUCUAGUAGUAUUCGCACCCUGAUACAAUCUUUACAUGUAUACUAUGAAAUAAAGGGUUCUACG